AUGGGCAGUUCUCGCGAUAUAGCAAUAGGACCGGUGGCAAUGGUUUCUCUCUUGAUGGGGACUUUGCUUAGUAACGAGAUUGAUCCGGUUGCUCAUAAAGAAGAAUAUCAAAGACUUACUUUUACAGCCACAUUUUUCGCUGGGAUUACACAAGCAACUCUUGGGAUUUUCAGGUUAGGAUUUUUGAUUGAUUUCCUAUCCCAUGCUGCUAUUGUUGGUUUUAUGGGAGGUGCUGCCAUCACAAUUGGCCUUUAA